GAUGCGGCAUGGCAUACGGAAGGAGCGGACAGCGGACAGAGACCGACUGUAACGUGGCGUGCCAAGGUGACGGCAGCGUCAUGUGCGGAGCUUACGGUGUGAACUCGGUUUACAGAAUCAACGAAUAUGACGACUUCAGCGAAUUGCUAUUCCACGACAGCCGUGUGUCCGCAGGAAACGAGCUAACACGCAAUGUAACAGCAAGCCCGGCAGUAGGUGUCGCCUCGGUGAUACUGUGCGGAGUUCACUGCCUUGAGUCGCCAUCUUGCUUUGGAGUCGUUUGGAUUCCAGGAAGCGUUAACAACUGCGUGCUUAUCUCCUGUGUGGGCAAGCCAGGCGUUUAUACGAUUCCCGCAAGAGGAAAAUACUAUCACGCAUGAAUAGAGUCUGGUGUAAACUUUAUCCGACGUGUAUACAUUUGUAACAUUUUUGC